UAAUCAAAUAAAAAAAUCAACUCAUAAACAUGGUCUAAGCCGAUAAUAACAAACAAAAAAAAGAUAGAAGCUUCAACACAAAUGCAGUUAAUUGUCCACGUCUUUAAGCUACAAACACUCACUGAACACUUAUGAAGUCAAACAAUAGAAUAGCCAAACUAGAAUACAAACAAGUAGAAGUUAACAAGCAAUAGUAGAAGACAGUGAACAUCAAGGUUGUCAAACCGGUUUGUGCCGGUGUGCCCAUUUAGCAAGUGGAAUGGUUCGACCGGUGGUACAUACCGGUUUGUGCCGGUUCAUGCCGGUUAAUAUUACAAAUAAUUUACAAAUACUCAUAUUUUAAGCACGGCAUUUAACGUCAAUAACUAAAUAUUUGUACUUGAAUCCAACAAAUAACAUCAACAUUUAACUUUUUAACACAUAAAAUAAAUAAUAAAUUACUUUUUAUCAAAUAAAUUCACUAAUAUAAGAUCAUUUUACUUAGAGAUUCGUAUAUCGAUCAUGCCGGUCAUACCGGUGGUGUCAUACCGGUUUUAUGACCGGUACAGGUUGAACCAGGUUCAACCAGUGGCACGCCGGCCGGCGUGACAACCAUGGUGAACAUAGGAUAUAGAUAUUCCGCUAUAAAUAUGAAUUAAAUUUUGCAAUUAUCAUCAAUAAUCAUAGUUUGAGAAUAUAUUAAUUCAAAGUUGGCUAGGAAGUAGUAAUUUUUAAAAUUUCUUAUUGAAAUUGGGAGAAUUUUCGAUGAUUUUUAGGAUUUCAUUUUAGCUAAAACUAUAUGUUAGAGACUUAUUGGUUUGAUGCAGUGUUAUUAAAGCCGAGCCGAGCUGCUCGGUCCGACCGGUAAAAUCGCCACCCGGUCAUAAAAUCGGCUCGAAACAGUCUAAAAGCCGCUCCGGUUUUAUGUAGCGGUUGGCGAGCGGCCGAGGCGGUUAACCGUUCGAGCCGAUUGAGCCGCUGGUCCGGUUUUUACCAUUCAACCACUAAAUUUAAUAAAAAAAAUUGCAGAAAAUUGAAAAUUGAAAUAAACAAAAAACGUAGGGCUCUCAAACUGAAUCUUUAUUUCCAUUUCACAAUUUCGAAGGAAAGAGAUGAGCUCUGAUUAAUAAAUGUCCAUUAUUUAUACUGAUAACGUUUAUUAGGUACCGGUUCUCUAACGGUUUUUAAACGGUCUAAUGUCGGUUGGACCACUAAAGUGCGAGCCAUUCGCAUUACCUGGUCAUGCUCCGGUUCGGUUAUGACAACAUUGGUUUGAUGUUAACAAAUUAGGUGGAUAGAGGCAGAAAAUCUCUCUUCCCACUUUUUCAUUAGGCCGAGUACAUGAGCCCAACUGAAAGGCAGAUAAGAUCCAAAUUAAAAAAGGCCACGGCCCAAUCAUUGUCAUAAUAAACCAUACUCGCCUUGGCGCCUCCGGCCCAAUAUCUUCUCACCGACUGCUACGAUUGGCCGUUUUGCCUUCUGCGUUUGUCAGUUAUAAUCGUUUCUCUCUCCCGGCUUUUCUCCGGCCAUGGUUCCCAAUUCCCCUGUUUCUGACAUUUAUUACGAUCCCUUGACUGCUUCUCCUCCUCGUAAUAAUUCCGCUAGAAUUCUUCACGAAACCCCGCCGAUACCUUGCCUCCUCACCCAGCAAUCCCAUCCCCUUGAACUCCGUUUGAUGGGUCGGGAUAAAAUCGAAGAAAAAUUCGACCCAGUUUGGGAACUCUUGUUGAAUCGCUACCAGGUGGCGGCAUCCUCGGAAAGCCAGGGCACGCAAUUGAAAGCUUUGAUCGAGUUGACCCGUUACUCUGAUCAUGCGCCGGAGCAUAUCCUGGCUCGGGCGAUACCAACUUUGGCCGGACUUCUUCUCAGUAACAAUGGCUCGACCGAUUCAGUGAAGGAAGCCGCCGUGUAUUGCUUAAAGCGCAUCGCUUUUCGAGGUGAGGGUUUCUUGGCUAGAGAGAUUGGUAAUUCUGGCGCUAUCCCUUGUCUGUUGAGGUUGUUGCCUCUUUCCAAUGAUGGGUUUCAAAGGGUUCUGAUUAAGUGCGUUUGGUGCCUCGUUAAUUCCGCGGACGAAAAUCGUGUUACUGUGGCUAGAAAUGGUGGGUUGGAGAUCAUUUUGGGUAUGCUGAAUUCUUGUGUAGAAGAUAGUGGAAACGAGAAGUGGGUCUAUCUGCUAGAGAUUUUUAGUGCGUUGGUAUUGUUGAAAGAAGUCAGAAAGAGGCUUUCCGAGUUGAAUGGGAUUAGGUUCCUCAUUGAAUCGGCUAAAUGUGGUAGGAUGAAAUCCAGGGAGAGAGCUUGUCAGGCCAUUGGAUUGCUUGGUCGUUCGAGGCGUGCUCGGUGUAUGCUUGUCGAUCUAGGAGCAAUUCCUGUAGUCAUUGAGCUGUUUAGGAAUGGGAAUGGUAAAACGAAAGUUACUGCUGGCAAUUCACUUGGCAUCAUAUCAUCACACAUUAAUUUCAUUAGGAAGGCAGCUGAGGCUGGGGCUAUACCACUGUAUGCUGAGCUGAUUCAGGGACCUGACCCUAUUGGUAAAGAGAUUGCAGAGGAUGCAUUAUGCAUAUUAGCCAUUGCCGAGGAGAAUGCGGUCGCCAUUGCUGAUCAGUUGGUCAGGAUCUUGAGAGAAGGUGACGAUGAAUCGAAGGUUGCUGCCUCUUAUGUCUUCUGCAAUCUCGGCACUUAUGAACCCUCUGCUUCGAUUGUUAGAAACUCUGGUGCAAUUUCUAUUCUGGUUGACCUUUUAAGACAUGGAAAUCUGGAUGUUAAAGGGAGUGCCUCCGGGGUGAUUUGUCAGCUUAGUUAUGAUCGGGCCAAUCGAGAAGCACUGCUCGAAGCUGGUGCGGUUCCGAUUCUCAUUGGGUUGCUGGGAGAUCAUUCGGAGGACGUGAACCUGAGAGAUAAUGUUGCAGAGGCACUUGUAAACUUUUCUCAAGAUAUGGAGCAAGGUGACUUGGUAGCUGAGGUGGUUAAUGGUCCUUCAUUCGAGAACGUACAUACUAGGGUUGGAAGACUCCGGUCCUCUGAUGAGCAAACGGUUAGCUCUUUGAGACAUCUUAGCGUUGAGCAGCUCAGUUAUAACCCUGAACUUGUGUAGUUGGAUACUUUAGAGCUUGUUGUAUCUUUCCCCCCCUUGUGGAUUGUGCAAUGUUGUAUUUUUAGUACAGAAGUAAUAUGUUCACAGUGAUAGAGAACUGUUGAAAAUAGACUCUUCAUAGUGAUGAUGUGUUUCAAGUUUCACAGAGUUAGUGAAUAUCUGGCAGGUAGUAUAAAAGAAAUAGUCAAGAAUAUUAUGUUGCCAAUUCAAGUUGAGCAAGAUUCAAACGUUGGAGGCCAUUAGUCAAGCUCAAAUACCUUGUGUGCAGAUUUCCCUUUUUGUAACAGAAUUGUCUUGUAGUUUUUGGUUGCACCUUCUCAAUCUUGUUCCAUGAAUUGACUGAUAAAUGUUGACAGAUAGAAAGAAGGGUUUAUAGUCACCUCGAAACUUUCACAGGCAGAAUAUAAUCAGCUGCAGAGAAUCAUUGCUGCCAUUGCCAUCCCUUCGAGAUGGAUGAGGUUGUCCUGAAACUGGGAAUACUAUCAGGGUAUUAUUCAACUGCUCCCACCCAAAAAGAAAGCCUGGUGCUUGGAGACGGAGGGAAAUUAUGGAGAAACAUUUGAACUCAUGGAUACAGAACUGCACUAGAAGCCAUGGAAGAAGGGAACAGAACUUCUCAGUGACAAAUGCUGUGAGAAAGAUGGGUCCUUUGCUUAUUUUGCUGUCUAGUUUGAACAGAAAACUUGCCAAUCGUACUGUUGCAUUGAUACAUAGACAACAUGAACAAACAACAUAAGGCCAUAUAUCUUCAACUAAUCCUGAAGCUGUUGUUGUUGGUAGUGUGGUGAGUGUCCAGUCAUAAUUAGGAGAAUGUUGUGGAGUAGCGAUCAGAAAAUUAAGAAGUUUCCUUUUAAGUUUUGCGAAGGAAGGGACUAAAAGAAAGCAAGGGAAAGUCUGUGAUUUGGUGUCAACUGGUGUUGGUUCCUGUUCCCCUGAAGUUGCCAAUACAACAAAAGCAGCAUUCCAAAUGGCCAAUAGUUCACAAAGUUGAUGAGAAACGAUGAUAAAGGGAGGAAAAGACAACUCAGAAAGAAAAUGGCAAGGCUUGGGAGGAAAUUACAAUGCCAUAUCAGAACUGCAUACUUAGUUUCAUAUAAGUGGUCUUGUCAAUUGUUAAUGGGAAGUAAUGAUUUAGAAUAAGAGGAUCCAUUAGAUAGAGAAGAAGAUAAAAUCAUUCAUAAAUUUAUCUAGAUGUAAUGUCAUUUUACCUAAUGGGUCAUUUGGACUCUCAAUGUGAGAAUGUGAUGUGGGGAUUUGGGUAGAAUUUUCAUAGUGUGGAAAUUUACAUAAAAUGUUAUAUGGAAAUGUUAGAGAGAGUUGGUAUUCGGACUAUUUUGUUGAGAUUGUUAUACUGUUUUUUAGUUUUAUCUUUGAAUAGUAAUUUUUGCAUUAAAAGAAGAGGGGUAAGUGACAUUUCCUUUAAAUUUUGACUAUCUUUUUAAUGGUAAAAAACACAAACACAAAUACCAAAAUUUGUAUUCUAUAUUUAACGAGCCGACCUUUACCAUGGUUCGGCUCGGCUCGUUAGAAUAAUUUCAAGCUCGAGCUCGGCUCAAAUUCAACACGAGAUUUAAUAGGUAAGCUCGAGCUCAGCUCGUUUACAAAAAUAGAAGCUCGAGCUCAACUCGCCAAAUGAUCUUAAUGAGCAAAAAAUUGAGUUUAGGUGAUAAAAGGUCGAUUGUAGCUCAAACUCGAGUUCGAACUCGGUUCACAAGACACCAACAACAAACACUUAAAGGCUUUCGAGCUUGUUCGUGAGCCUAUCAAACUAAACAUGUCAAGGCUCGAGCUCAGCUCGUUUACAGACAGGCUUGUUCGCGAACCGACUCGAUUAAAAACGAGUCGAGUGUCGAACGAUUUAUUCUCGAAUCAGAAGCCGAAUUAUUCAUGAGCGGUUUGGUUUAUUAACACCGCUAAUUACAAUGCAUCAAUUAACCCCUCAAACUAAAAUUUGUUGUUCCAUCCCACCCAAAAUCAAAAGUGCAUUGGCAU